AUGUACGAGCAUACUCAGUUAGUCCGUCCGACUGAGAAUGGGAUGUUCCUCAACCGCGCCCCACCCCCGCCAAAUCGAUCGGUAAUCAUCGUGUUAUCACAAUAUCACCCUGUUUUAGAGGAUGAAGCCGCUACACGUCGCGCGAAUUGCAUCCUGGCAUUUUGCAUUAUACUGUUUUGUGGUAUCGUACAUGUUGAUUGGCGCCUACAUAUUCCACUACUUAGAAGGAGAGACCGAGUUAGAGCGACACAAACAUCACAUAGAAGCAAUUAAAAUCUUCAAGAGAGAGUUCAUCAAGAAUGUAGCCAAUGAAUCGGUAAGUGUUUACCCAAAGUUGUCAAAACACAAUUUAGGACACAAAAAUAGAAAAAUCCCUAAGGGCUUUCAUGAAGAAUAUCAGCACCUUACACAUCAGCGUAGACAACUACCUCCUCUUCGACAAUCCCCACUCCACAGUACCAAAAAGGUGGACUUACCCUUCUUGCGUCCUGUUUGCUUUUACCAUCCUCACAACCAUCGGGUACGGCAAUGUUGCGCCCACAACCAGGGUCUGCCAGAUCUUCACCAUGAUCUACGGAGCUUUGGGCAUUCCUUUGUUCUUGAUUACCAUCGCUGACGUCGGUCGGUUCUUCAAAACGUUCAUAAUGUAUAUUGUCCAGACGAUCUACAGGAAAGAAAUUAAAAAGCAAGGAGAACGAAAGUUACUGCGCGAGGUUGGAGAAGUAAGUACAGUGGAACUCCUGUAACCGAAUUGUCGGAUCUUAUAGAUUUGUUUGUUACAGAAAAUUUCGGUAUAAAAAAGUUUUAAUACGAUUUUUCACUUAUGCAGAAGUUCCCUUGUAAAAGAAUAUUCAAGAAAUAAUUUAAAACCAAAAUUUAAAAUUAAAAAUUGUUUUCCGACAAAUUUUCGUCGAGAAAUUCGUGAACGAAGUGUCAAUUUUUGAUUCGACAAUUAAUUUAUUUUCUAAAAAAUAUAGAAAACAGUUUAAUUUUACAAUUCAAGCCAAUUCUUAAACGAUUCCUAUCACAAACAGCCUAUAUUAUCAUUUAUAAAAUUAUUCGGUACUUCUUUCAGGUUAUAUUAGUUGCGAUUCUAUUCUUGGGCUUCAUAGCUGCUGGAUCAGCCGUGUUGCCUCUAUGGGAAGAUCAGCUAACUUACUUUGACAGUGUUUACUUCUCAUACAUGAGUCUUUCAACAAUUGGGUUAGGAGAUAUUGUGCCAAGGCGGAUGGAGUUCUUAUUGCCAACUUUAUUAUACAUAACAAUCGGUUUGUGGUUGACGACGGCAUUGGUGGAACAGCUGGCUGAUGUGUUUAGAUUGGUACAUUAUGCUGGUAGACAUGUCAGUAAUGUUAAGGGGGUAAGUUGGCAACUUUUUGUUUUGAAUUUAGAAUAACUUAAAUUUUUAAUAAUUAAUAUUUUAAUUUAGGUUUAAAACUGAAGAUUACAUUAAUCAACCAAAACUUAAUUUUGCUUUUGAAGAUAACAGUUUGGCUUGGUGGACGUCGACUGUCCAUGGGCUCCUUAAUCCAAACAGUUUGUCGGAGAGUUGGUAUGUCCGACAACAUAAUCGCGCAGAUUAAUUGGGACAGAACGAUCGAUAAAGCGUUGCAUGGAGAAGGUCCUCCAUGUGUGCCCAUCUUCCCCUGGCACUUUGCUGAUUUUGUUGAACAUGAUCCCCCUUUAAUCGACCUGAGUCUUGCUUCGGAUUCGAAUCCAAUAAGUUCACGGUCGAAUUCCGGGUCCAAGCUUCAACGACAGUUAUCAGCUCCAGAAUUCGGGCUUAAUCUAAGCGAUAUAACUCACAUUGACGACGCACAGCCAAAAACCUUGAAUUGA